CAACAUGAGAGUGCAUCUUUGGCAGGAUUCUCUUUUUGGAUGGGUUGUUCUUUGGUUUUCGUUGUGGUACUCAACGGGUAGCCAACAGAUAGCUGCCGAUACCUGUUCUGAUAAAUGGGUCGGUGUUCCGAGGAUCAACCCAAAACAUGGUAUAAAAUAUCGUGCAAGGAAGCCAACUGGCUCAUGGCUGAAACCGACUGUAAGAAACUCGGUGGCCAUCUUGCCGAGAUUGGGAGUCGUGAAGAACAGACGUUUCUGUACGCUGCUACCAGGGGUGUGAAUGCGACAGAAUUCUGGGUCGGCUACCGGAUAAAGGCGUACAUAACCAACGACUGGAUUAAUUAUGUGAAUUGCGUCGUAAGGUCACAAACUGCCAGCAAGUUGUGGACAGGAAUACUUUUUAAGAAAAAUGAAUGUUUAGCUGCGAGAAGAAGCACCUGUGGACUAAUUCGUCAAGAUAGUGUCGGAACUGUUUGGGACCAGGCGUGUAAUGACGCGCAUCCGUACAUAUGUGAGACGCAAAAAGGUGCACAGAUUGGACAGGGGUCGGAAUACCGCCCGGAUGUAAACUAGAUCCUCCCAAACCUGGAGAGUGUUGUGACGUACUCAACUGCAGCCACAUUACAGCUCCACCUUAAAAUAUCGUUU